AGGAGCCCAGAGAGGAGGUGAGAGAAACUCUGAUCCGUGUGGCCCACGAGCACAAUGCUCCCUCUGCCCGGACACAGCACCUAGGCCUCCUCCAUCCAGAGUUUCCAGUAUGGCCUCUGCAUCGACUAAGUAUAACUCACACUCAUUGGAGAAUGAAUCUAUUAAGAGGACUUCUCGAGAUGGGCUCAAUCGAGAUCUCAGUGAAACUGUUCCUCGACUCCCAGGAGAAAUGCUGAUUACUGACAAAGAAGUUAUUUACAUAUGUCCUUUCAAUGGCCCCAUUAAGGGAAGAGUUUACAUCACAAAUUAUCGUCUUUAUUUAAGAAGUUUGGAAACGGAUUCUGCUCUAAUACUUGAUGUCCCUCUGGGUGUGAUCUCAAGAAUUGAAAAAAUGGGAGGCGCGACAAGUAGAGGAGAAAAUUCCUAUGGUCUAGAUAUUACUUGUAAAGACAUGAGAAACCUGAGGUUCGCACUGAAGCAGGAAGGCCACAGUAGGAGAGACAUGUUCGAGAUCCUCACGCGCUACGCCUUUCCUCUGGCCCACAGUCUGCCACUAUUUGCAUUUUUAAAUGAAGAGAAGUUUAAUGUGGAUGGGUGGACUGUUUAUAAUCCAGUUGAAGAGUACCGGAGGCAGGGCCUGCCCAACCACCACUGGAGGAUAACUUUCAUCAACAAGUGCUAUGAGCUCUGUGACACAUACCCAGCCCUCCUGGUGGUUCCCUAUCGCGCCGCAGAUGAAGACCUCAGGAGAGUCGCCAUCUUCAGAUCCCGAAACCGAAUCCCAGUGCUGUCGUGGAUUCACCCUGAAAACAGGACGGUCAUCGUGCGGUGCAGCCAGCCUCUUGUUGGUAUGAGUGGAAAACGAAAUAAAGAUGAUGAGAAAUAUAUCGACCUCAUCAGGGAGACUAAUAGACAGAUUUCAAAACUCACCAUCUAUGAUGCAAGACCCAGUGUCAAUGCGGUGGCCAACAAGGCAACAGGAGGAGGAUAUGAAAGUGAUGACACAUAUCACAAUGCCGAACUGUCCUUCUUAGACAUUCAUAAUAUUCAUGUUAUGCGGGAAUCUUUAAAAAAAGUGAAAGACAUUGUUUAUCCUAAUGUAGAAGAAUCUCAUUGGUUGUCCAGUUUGGAGUCUACUCAUUGGUUAGAACAUAUCAAGCUGGUUCUGACAGGAGCCAUUCAAGUUGCAGACAAAGUUUCUUCCGGGAAGAGCUCUGUGCUCGUGCACUGCAGUGACGGCUGGGACAGGACUGCUCAGCUAACCUCCCUGGCCAUGCUGAUGUUGGACAGUUUCUACAGGAGCAUUGAAGGCUUCGAAAUCCUGGUACAAAAAGAGUGGAUAAGUUUCGGACAUAAAUUUGCAUCUAGAAUAGGUCAUGGUGAUAAAAACCACACCGAUGCUGACCGAUCUCCUAUUUUUCUCCAGUUUAUUGAUUGUGUAUGGCAGAUGUCAAAACAGUUCCCUACGGCUUUUGAAUUCAAUGAACGCUUUUUGAUUACAAUUUUGGAUCAUCUGUAUAGCUGCCGAUUUGGUACUUUCUUAUUCAACUGUGAAUCUGUUCGAGAAAGACAGAAAGUCCCAGAAAGAACAGUUUCUUUGUGGUCAAUGAUCAACAGCAGCAAAGAGAAAUUCAAAAACCCCUUCUAUACAAAAGAAAUCAAUCGAGUUUUAUAUCCAGUUGCCAGUAUGCGUCACUUGGAACUCUGGGUGAAUUACUACAUUAGGUGGAACCCCAGAAUCAAGCAACAACAGCCAAAUCCCGUGGAGCAGCGCUACAUGGAGCUCCUGGCCUUGCGUGACGACUACAUCAAGCGGCUGGAGGAGCUGCAGCUCGCCAACUCAGCCAAGCUUUCAGACCCCCCAACCUCCCCUUCCCAAAUGAUGCCCCAUGUGCAAACUCACUUCUGAGGGGGAACCCUGGCACUUCAUCUAAGCUCAGAAUAAAGGAAAUAAUUGUGGGCAUCUGUACAAAGUAGAGUAAAAUAUUUGCCUCCAUGUAGAUCUUGAGCUAACCUUACCUUAAACUCUUGAAGAUGUG